AUAGAAGGCAAAAUUGCUUCGGCGCAUUGCAUUAUUUUCAGCGCCUAUUGUUCAUUUGUCCUGUCAAUGUGCCUGUCACUUUAUGCAACUUUUUAAAGUGUACUACCACCCAAACACCUAAAAACAUUCUUAAUUUCACAUCAAAUCCAAUUGUAGCUAUGAAUUUUGCUGGACGUCUGCAGUUCCGGCGUCUUUUGUGUUUGAUAGUGCGUCAAAACUUCAAUCGCGAGUGUGAAAAUGCAAUCAAUGCACAAAUACAACUGGAAUUGAAAUCAAGCUACGAUUACUUAGCCAUGGCAUACCAUUUUGACCGCUCCGAUAUGGCUUUACCCGGCAUAUAUGGAUUUUUCAAGGCUGCUAGCGAUGAAGAACGUGAACAUGCUGCAAAAUUCAUGGAAUACAUGAACAAAAGAGGUGGCACAAUACUGCUACAGGAUCUACCAGCUCCAAAAUUUAAGUUUACGACACUUAAAGCAGCGCUGGAAGAAGCAUUGGAUAUGGAGAAAACGGUCAAUGAGUCCCUGUUGGCACUACAUGCUUUGGCAAGUAAGCACAUUGAUCCUCAACUAUGCGAUUUUCUGGAGACACAUUUCCUCGCCGAACAAGUGGAUGCACAAAAACAGUUGGCCGAUUAUAUAAGGCAAAUCGAACGCUGUGAAAAAGAGUUGGGUGUGCAUAUAUUUGAUAAAGACAUUAAAGGAAAGGAAAUGCAUUAGGCUGUUGGAAAUUGCUAUGGAGCAAAUGAACGGAAUACGGCUCUUAUAACGAAUACUGCAGUAUUUGUUAAAAAAAGAAAAAUAAAAUAAACCAGCUUGCUUGUGUUUGUGUGAUAUCCGCAUAACUUCCCUGCAAACCAUUUUUUCAGAGUAUUCUGAAUUGUAGAGAAAUUUUUAAGAAUUCGUAAAGAUCUCAUCCGAUUUUUUGCCGAAUUUUCUAAAAUUAAUUAAACUGUGCACACUUCGAUUCUCUUACGAAAUUUCGGAAGAAAAGCGGUAAAGCAAUGAAGAUUCGUAUAAAAAUCGUAACAGAAAUGAGAUACUCCUAAAGAUUUCGUUAAGAUUUCAGGAACUUUGGUUUGCAGGAUUCUUUAUGUGUUUAAGGUUAAAAUUUUAUGUACAUAAAAUCUAUUGUCAAUUUAAUUUAUUUUAAUGUCGAAUUAUGAUAUGUGAGGAGAUAUACAAUACGUUAAGUAAAUGUGAUAAGGAUACUGACUGAAUUUAUUUCUGAAAGGCGUACGUUGAAAUAGUACCUAACCCUAGAAUCGUAAGACGGUUUUACCCUACGUACUACACCGUUACGUACUACGCCGCUUAGGUAUGUUAUUUUAAAUAAAUGUUUAAUAAAAACUUAAUCGAUUAAUUAUCUACUUGUUUAUACAACAAAAUAAUAAAGAAAGCACUGCGGAGCGCACAAGGCGACAGGGAAUAACGGUAAAAAGUAACGGAACUUUAUGCGGCGUACACGUAUAAUUUACAUAUAUUACGAAAGUGUUAAAAAAAAAUCAAAAAUAAGGGCUGUUUCCAGC